CAAAUAACCCUCAUGUUAGCGCCCAUGCUGUAUUGCUGUAUUUAAGUGUCUGUCAGAUGGACUCUUGAGAGUCAGAGAGAGGGAGAGAGAGAGAGAGAGAGGCAGAGAGAUAGUGAUUUAAGAUUAAUACAUAGUACUAAGGAGUUUAAUCUUGAUUAAUGGCCUCAUCCACAUCAUUUUUGGAGGAUUAUCUUCAGUGUCCUGUGUGCCGUGAUGUCUUCAGGGAUCCCGUGCUCCUGAUGUGUUCUCACAGCUUCUGUCGGCUCUGUCUGGAACAGUUCUGGCAACACAGAGAGUCUCCCACAUGUCCUCUGUGCCGAACGAGCUCUUCAGUGAAUCGUCCUCCGUGUAAUCUCGCUCUGAAGAACCUGUGUGAGGCUUUUGUACAGGACAGCAACCAGACAGCUUCAGUUGGAGUGGAGAUCCUCUGUGCACUGCAUAACAAGAAGCUCACACACUACUGCCUGGAGGAUAAACAGCCUGUGUGUGUGGAGUGUCAAACCUCAAAAAUACACGAUAAACACUGCUUUAAACUGCUCGAUGAAGUGGCAGCGGACCUGAAGUUGGACUUGAAAAGAAAACUGGCACCACUGAAGGAGCGACUGAAACUCUUCAGAAAUGCAAAACACACUUGUUUUCAAAUUGAGCAUUAUAUUAAGUGUCAGGCCCACUGCACCGAGUCUCUGAUCAGGAGGGAGUUUGAGAAGAUUCACCAGUUUCUUUGGGAUGAAGAGGCCUCUAGAGUGUCUGCUCUGAGGGAAGAAGAGAAGCAGAGAGCUAACGCAGCCGUGAUGAAGAUGAGCCAAAUUAGCAGAGACGUUGUAGACCUCUCUGACAAAAUUACAGCUAUUGAGGAAGCUAUAGAAUCCAACAGUAUUUCAUUUCUGCAGAACCAUGAAGCUACUGUGAGAAAAACUGAGUGUGAGCUGAAGGAUCCUGAGAUCAGCUCUGCAUCACUGAUUGACGUGGCAAAGCAUCUAGGCAACCUGAAGUUCAGAGUGUGGGACAGGAUGCUGAGUAUUAUCAAAUACACUCCUGUUAUCCUCGAUCCCAACACCGCUCACCCCUGUCUGCACCUGACUGACAAUUUGACCAGAAUGGAGCUUCAUAACAGCAGUCCAGAGCAUCCAGUGAACCCGCUGAGAUUCAGUGACUACUCAAGUGUCCUAGGCUCUGAGGGUUUUGAUUCAGGUAAACACUACUGGGACAUCGAGGUGGGAAACAGCUCAGCCUGGGCGGUCGGUGUAAUCUCAGAGUCUGCGUACAAGCACAGAGAAAUCCUCUCAAAGCAAGGUCUAUGGCAUAUAGGAUACUACAAGGGGAAAUACGGGCAAGGCUUGUCUGAUGAGAUGCUUACUCCUAUCAACCUGAAAGAGAAACUCCAGAGGAUCCGAGUGCUGCUUGACUGGGACGAAGGCUGUGUCUCGUUCUUCGAUCCGGUCAAUGAUACUCAUGUGCAUACCUUUGUACACACGUUCACUGAGCGAGUGUAUCCAUACUUCUGUAACGCCUGCCCUGAUAAUGCUCUGAGAAUAGUCCAACUGGGACUCUCUAUUACUGAGGAGUAGUUUGGAUGUAAAACAACUUUCUUAACUCUAAAUAGAGCUAAUCAACUGUGAUGAUACUGGAGGGCAUAGCCAAAGUUAAGCUAAUUGCCUCCCAGUGAAUGUUGUUGUUGUCGUUUUGGUGUGUGACAUAACAAGCCCUUCUUUUAUACACUUUAAGUGACAUUUAUUUGGCAGUACUUUCAAGUUCAGUGUUAAAAGGACCCACUCAAUGUGAAU